AUGGCAUUGAAACAGUCAUCAUCAGAAAUGGAAAAACAGGUUAAGGAAGAGAAAAAACUGGGAGAAGGACCUCAAAUAUCAAGAAUGGAGCCAGUGACACAAGGUGCCUAUGGUGGUGGAAUGUACGCUACAGAAAAAGAUCAAGAACAAGAAAAACAAACAAAACCGCCGGCAAGUGAUACCCAAAGUGCUGAUGGACCGGUUGAUAAGAACACUAUGAAGCCUAAACACAACCCUCCUCCUUCAUCUGGGGAUCGUGAUAUAGAUAUCACUGGCCAAUCUUAUAUCCACCACUGCAAGGGCCCAUGUUUAGGCAUGUUAUAUUGUGAGUUAUUUAGAUGGUCCAACAAAAUUCCCAGGCUUUUGCAGAAAGACUAG